UGUAAACACAGUGGUAUUGUGAAAGCGUCAAUGGUUUGCAUAUUCAAUAUGUAAUGCUGGAAGAGAAGCAUUCAUCAGUGUCUGAAACAGGAGUUCUGGCCUCUGCUGCUGUGGAAGUCGAGCCAUCCAUCAAUCCGGCUGUGGUCGGGGAUACAGUGAUCCUGUCUCUGUCUCCCUCCACGUCUAUUAAAAGUGGGAGCUGGGCCGUUGGAGAGUCCCAAAUUCUCACCUGGCUGGGGGAGCAGCAGGCAGUGUUUCCCAGUCACAGCGGCAGGGCGUCAGUAAACGUCCUCACAGGAGCUCUCACUCUGAGCUCCGUCAAGGUGUCGGACUCAGGAGUCUACAUAGUGCAGGGCACCGACCCCCAGUUAAAGGCCAAUACCUCCAUCACUGUACUGGAGGCCGUUUCAAAUGUGACUUUAAAUGCAACUGCAACCAGCCUGACGGAGUUCAACAGCUCAGCAGUCAUUACAUGCUCUGUCUCCUCUGGAUCCUCCCUCUCUUUCCUUUGGAUCAACGGCAGCUCUGUGGUCACAGCCGGUGACAGAGUCCAGCUCACUGAUGGAAACUCCACUCUCACCAUUACCAAUGUGACCCGCUAUGACCAGGGACCAUUUAAGUGUCAUGUAUUCAAUCCUGUCAGCAAUGAAACCAGUGAUUCUGUCAACUUUACAAUCACAUAUGGUCCAGAUAACAUGGCUCUCACAGUGAAUGGACAGAACACAACAUCCUUUUCGGUGGGGUCCAAUCUGACCAUGCUCUGUUCAGUACAGUCCAACCCUCCAGCUCAGCUCCAGUGGGCUUUCAGAGGAGAGCUUGUGAACACUUUAGGCCCACUGUGGGAGCUGUUCAGUGUCAGUAAGGAGCAGAGUGGUCCUUAUUCCUGUGUGGCCUUCAACAAUCACAGCAACAUGAACAGCACAAUCACCACAAACAUCCUGAUAUCAAUGCCUGUUUCAGGUGUGUCUCUGAAGGCAGAUAACACCAGCCUUGUUGAGUUCAAUGACACAGCAGUUCUUAUGUGCUCUGUGUCCAAUGGUUCCCCCCUGUCUUAUGGUUGGAUGAAGGGCAACUCUGUUAUCAAAGCUGGUGGGGGAGUACAGUUCAGCGAUGAAGACGCCACUCUCACCAUAACCAGAGUGACCCGCGAUGAUGAGGGGCUGUUCAAAUGCAAUGUGUCCAAUCUUUUAAAUCAAGAAGUCAGCCUCCCAGUUCUUCUGAAUGUCAGCUAUGGUCCAAGUAAUACAAAGAUCAUGAUUAUGCCAACUGGCUACAACCACAGAACUGGAUCUAACGUCACACUGUCAUGCUCAGCCGAGUCCAGCCCUUCAGCCACGAUCCAGUGGAUGUUGAACGGGGUGUACCUCAAUCAUCUUGGCCCAAAUCUUCAACUAAAGAUGGUUAAAGAGAGCGACUCAGGAAAUUACAAAUGCAUUUCUCACAACACAGUCACAUCCAGGUUCAGCAGUGCAAGUGCAAUGAUCAAGAUUGUGGAACCGCUGGGAGCAGUUCUGCUGAAUAACACAGGUGGACCAGCAAUACAAGAUGGGACGCUCACUCUGCACUGUGAAGUGACUGGAUCUGUUACCCUGAUUCAGUGCUCCUACAUAUGGUUUUUCAAUAGCACCAAAGUGGCCAACACCUCAGAGUAUGUCACACCACCUCUUACCAGUGACAUGGUGGGGAUGUACACCUGCAUGGCCUUCAACGGCAUCACCGGCAAAAACAGCACAGCGCACACAAUGAUAAAAGUUGUUGUUGGGCCAUUAACACCGGUCGUUAAAGGGCCAUCUUACGCUGAGAUUGGACAGGAAGUAAACUUUGAUUGUUAUGCGAAGUCGGUGCCUCCCAGUCACUAUAGCUGGUGGUACAAUGGCUCUGAGGUGGCCAAUACUUCAGUGUACAAAACUAGCCCUUUGACUCUUGAUAUGAGUGGAGAAUACACCUGUAUGGCUUACAAUAACAUCACUGGAAAGAACAGCACAAGCUCCCAGAGGCUCACAGUCAUUGUUGAGCCAAAAACACCGGUCAUUAAAGGGCCAUCUUACGCUGAGAUUGGACAGGAAGUAAACUUUGAUUGUUAUGCGAAGUCGGUGCCUCCCAGUCACUAUAGCUGGUGGUACAAUGGCUCUGAGGUGGCCAAUACUUCAGUGUAUAAAACUAGCCCUUUGACUCUUGACAUGAGUGGAGAAUACACCUGUAUGGCUUACAAUAACAUCACUGGAAAGAACAGCACAAGCUCCCAGAGGCUCACAGUCAUUGUUGGGCCAAAAACACCGGUCAUUAAAGGGCCAUCUUACGCUGAGAUUGGACAGGAAGUAAACUUUGAUUGUUAUGCGAAGUCGGUGCCUCCCAGUCACUAUAGCUGGUGGUACAAUGGCUCUGAGGUGGCCAAUACUUCAGUGUACAAAACUAGCCCUUUGACUCUUGAUAUGAGUGGAGAAUACACCUGUAUGGCUUACAAUAACAUCACUGGAAAGAACAGCACAAGCUCCCAGAGGCUCACAGUCAUUGUUGGGCCAAAAACACCGGUCAUUAAAGGGCCAUCUUACGCUGAGAUUGGACAGGAAGUAAACUUUGAUUGUUAUGCGAAGUCGGUGCCUCCCAGUCACUAUAGCUGGUGGUACAAUGGCUCUGAGGUGGCCAAUACUUCAGUGUAUAAAACUAGCCCUUUGACUCUUGAUAUGAGUGGAGAAUACACCUGUAUGGCUUACAAUAACAUCACUGGAAAGAACAGCACAAGCUCCCAGAGGCUCACAGUCAUUGAGGCUAUAGAGUCAGUGAAGAUCACAAAGAACACAGUUCCAAUAAUCUCUAAAAACUUCACUCUCACCUGUGAAGUAAGCGGGCCUUAUGAUAGCAUCUACUGGAUGAAAGACAACAUGCACCUCACCAUGAACACCUCCACAGCUAAAGCAAAGUCUUAUUACCCUGAAGACAACAUGCUUCACUUCACUCCGGUGACAAGGAACCAUGACGGGAUGUAUAUGUGUGUCGCUACAAAUAAGGCUAAAUCACAUCUCAGCGAUCCAUACACGCUCCUGGUGAACUAUGGCCCUCUGACGGUGAAAAUCCUUGGUGUAAAUUCAAUACAAAUCGGCCUGACUGCGAUCAUGAAAUGCUUUGCUGAUUCUCGUCCAGAUAGUGAGUUUAACUGGUUCUAUAACGACUUAUCUUCUCCUCUAAUGGCCGGCUCUGUUCUCAGUUUCCCUGUGACCAAUGAUAGUGAUGGGACAUACAUAUGUAAGGCAAGAAACCCUGUGACCAAUAUCACCAUGUACGGGACCAAAGAAUUUACUGCUCAUGCCGUUGGCCUCCACACCCAGUCCAAAGCUGCUCUGAUGAUGGGUCUUCUUGCUUUGUCUGUAAAUGUGCUCUUCAACUGAGUCUUCACUCUGAGAAACAGACCGAAAGGCCCCUUGCUCCUGGCUUUGUCAACAACCAAAAUGAAUGGGAUGUGACUGUGUGUACAAUAUUCUGCUGCCAUAAGAAUCUGAUUUGUGUCCAGCUUUGAUUCCAGUAAGAAAUCUCUGUUUGAUAUUUCACUUAUUCAAAUAAUUUUCAUUAACAAACAAUACAAUCAUUCUGAUGGUGAAAAAUGACAAAUGUUAUUCAUUUACUGCAUUGCCUUUAGUUUGUUUUAUGUUAAGUGCUGUCAUGCAAGAAAGAACAUUUUAAUUGUGGUGGAUUUUGAUUAGCCUUCAAGCCAGUUUAAUAAAGUAUUUUAAGUUUCUUUAUAAUGCAAGAAGAGGAAACUCUUCAAAUGUUUUAUCUAAGAUGCCUCUGUAUUUUUUGUUUUUGUACUUCCUCACUCUGAUCAGCUGCAGCUUUUUUGUUUAGUGCAAUAACAUGUAAAUUCUAAGUGAAUUUUAAUCGCAUUAUGCAAUGAUUUAGAGUAGGCCUUUCUAUUUUUUUAAUCAAUAAAAAUGAACACAAUCA